GCCGCCGGCUCGCAGCGCGUGGAGCCUUCUCCGCUUCGUGCGCAUCGGCUCGGCUUCGCCUUCCGGCGGCGGCACGCAGCGCUCGCGUGUCAUGUCGUGGCUCUUCGGCAUCAAGGGCCCCAAGGGCGAAGGCGCAGGGCCGCCUCUGCCCCUGCCGCCCGCGCAGCCCGGGGUCGAGGGCGGCGGGGACCGAGGCGCAGGGGACCGGCCGGCGCCCAAGGACAAAUGGAGCAACUUCGACCCGACGGGCUUGGAGCGCGCGGCCAAGGCGGCGCGCGAGCUGGAGCACUCGCGACACGCCAAGGAGGCCCUGAGUCUGGCGCAGAUGCAGGAGCAGACACUUCAGCUGGAGCAGCAGUCCAAGAUCAAGGAGUACGAGGCCGCCGUGGAGCAGCUGAAGAGCGAGCAGAUCCGUGUGCAGGCGGAGGAGAGGAGGAAGACCCUGAGCGAGGAGACACGGCAGCACCAGGCUAGGGCCCAGUACCAGGACAAGCUGGCCCGGCAGCGGUACGAGGACCAGCUGAAGCAGCAGCAAGUUCUCAAUGAGGAGAAUUUACGGAAGCAGGAGGAGUCUGUGCAGAAGCAGGAGGCCCUGCGACGAGCCACGGUGGAGCGGGAGAUGGAGCUGCGGCACAAGAACGAGAUGCUGCGGGUGGAGGCUGAGGCGCGGGCCCGGGCCAGGGCUGAGCGCGAGAACGCCGACAUCACUCGUGAGCAGAUCCGCCUGAAGGCUGCAGAGCACCGCCAGACCAUCCUGGAGUCCAUCAGGACGGCUGGCACCCUGUUUGGUGAAGGGUUCCGUGCCUUUGUGACCGACUGGGACAAAGUGACAGCCACGGUGGCUGGGCUGACGCUGUUGGCUGUCGGGGUCUAUUCUGCCAAGAACGCCACGUCUGUCGCUGGGCGGUACUUCGAGGCCCGGCUGGGGAAGCCGUCCCUGGUGCGGGAAACCUCCCGUAUCACGGUGCUGGAGGCGCUGAGGCAUCCCGUGCAGGUCAGCAGGCGGCUCCUCAGUAAGCCUCAGGACGCGUUGGAGGGCGUCGUCCUCAGCCCCAGCCUGGAGGCCCGUGUGCGGGACAUUGCCAUUGCCACCAGGAACACCAAGAAGAACAGGAGCCUGUACCGGAACAUUCUGAUGUAUGGGCCGCCCGGGACCGGCAAGACGCUGUUUGCCAAGAAACUUGCGCUGCACUCGGGCAUGGACUACGCCGUCAUGAGCGGUGGGGACGUGGCCCCCAUGGGGCGGGAUGGUGUGACUGCCAUGCACAAGGUCUUCGACUGGGCCAACACCAGCCGGCGAGGCCUCCUGCUCUUCGUGGAUGAAGCAGACGCCUUUCUCAGGAAGCGAGCGACCGAGAAGAUAAGCGAGGAUCUCAGGGCCACCCUGAACGCCUUCCUGCACCGGACGGGCCAACAUAGCAGCAAGUUCAUGCUCGUCCUGGCCAGCAACCAGCCCGAGCAGUUUGACUGGGCCAUCAACGACCGCAUUGAUGAGAUGGUCAGCUUCGACCUGCCGCGGCAGGAGGAGCGGGAGCGCCUGGUGAGAAUGUAUUUUGACAAGUAUGUUCUUAAACCAGCCACAGAAGGAAAGCAGCGCUUGAAGCUGGCCCAGUUUGAUUAUGGGAAGAAGUGCUCAGAGAUUGCACGCCUGACCGAGGGCAUGUCGGGCCGGGAGAUCUCCCAGCUUGCCGUGGCGUGGCAGGUGUGACGCGGUGUCCUGCUUUCCUGCCCCAGCCACUCCCUCCACCCCCACCACGGGAAGACGGGCCAGGGCUGCCUGUGGUUUCACAUAUUGUGGUCCUUGCUGUCGUUCUGGUCCAAGUCAGAUGGGGCUCUGAAAUCAGCAGCAUGUCACGUGGUCAUCCAGGUCCCACCAGCCCGAGCUCAGUGUCUCAGGAACCACUGGACUUUGUCCCACGCUGGGGCCCAGGGCAGUUGGCACAGGCGACUGCAGAGGUAGAAAGCACGGGGGACACAGCUGGGUCAGGCGUGGAGCAUCCCAGGAGCUGCCUGUGGGCUCAUCGGAAGGCUCAGGACGUGAGGAGCCUGGACUGGCUGGCGUGAGGGGUCAGACACCUCUUCCCCGGCUUCACACAGAGGGAGACCAUGGGUUUUGGGAUUGUCUGCUGGUGCGUGAGUGCCCUCGGGUGUCCUGGCUUUUAGUGCAGGUUUUCUGAGUCCCCCGGGUGGCUGGACUGUGGGAGUGGCUCAAGGCACACAGACUAAGUGGCCCUUGGUGUCCUAACACCCGGUUUUUCAUCUGAAACGUCCAGCAGAAGUUCCAGGGAUGCUAGUUGACCCCCAGGAGCCUUGGGUGCAGCCACUGAGAUCGAGUUUCUCCGGGGUUGUUGCUGGGUGAUUUGUAUCUGUCGCCACGUGACAACUCGGCCGUUGUCCAUUUGGGAUGAGUGUGUACUUUAUAAACUAAGCAGACAUCUGCCUGGGUUUGAAUGUCGCAGCCCAGUUACUUAGGGGGACCAUGUUAGAAAGAGCUGGGUUCUGCUGCUGUAAUAGUCAGUCCCAGGUCGGAAGCUCUGCCCCAAUGUGGGUCAGCUGGGGGUUCUGCUCCAGGCGGGCCUCACAAGGAACUCCCAAGUUUGGCUCUGUUUCCACAACCAACAAAGUGGUCAACAGGAUGUCUAAGUCAGCGUGGGUGCUGUAACAAAAUGCCACAGCCAGCAGCUUAAACAGAUGUUUAUUCCCUGCAGUUCUGUGGGGGCUGGAUGUUCCAGAUCAAGAUGGGUGGCGGGGGGUCCGAUGAAAGCUCUCUGGUGUAUCUUCUUAUGAGGACACUGGUCCUGUAGGAUCAGGGAUCCACCCUUAUGACCUCUUCCAACCUUGAUAACUUUCUCAGGCCUCAUCUCCAGAUCCAGCCCUGCAGGAGACAGGGCUUCCGCAUGAGUUCAAGGGAGACACAGGCAUUCAGUCCCAGUGGUUGGAGGCGGUGGGUGCUCUCCCUGGGUUCUGGUCCUGACACCAGCGUGUAUCCAGUCACUAUUGGUCAGCUCCGCCUGAGGCCUGUCUCCUCCCUGCUCAUGGAAGGAGCCAAAAUGUCAGGGGUUCCACCACCUUGGACAGAAUGUGGUGGGGUGUCUUCCUUUGUGGCCCCAGGUGCACAGGGCUGGGCUGCUGUGGCCGCUUCUGCCCACCUGCCUGUCCCCCUGGGCUGGACGGCCCGUGACAACCAUGCUCCUCCUCCCGAAGCCCGCCCUGCCAGUGUCGCAUGGACCCAGUGCGGCUGCCACCCCCGUGAGAUGGUCUUGCUAGUGCAGUUCAUGCUUCUUACCAUCUGGAGUCACCUGUCGCGGGACUUACUGCUUUUUUUUAAACAUAGAAUUCACCAUUUCAGCCAUUUUUAAGGGCACAGCUCAGGGGCAUUCAGCACAUUCAUGUUGUGAGCUGUCACCACUAUCCAUCUCCAGAACCUUCUCAUCUCCCCAAACUGAAACUCUGUCUCCGUGAAACACAACUCCCCAGCCCCUCCUGCUUCCUGUCCAGGGCCCCGAUGAGGAGUCGUGCACGUUUGUAUGAUGUUGAUAAUUGGCCUGUUUCACUGAGCGCCGCAUCCUCGAGGUCCACCACCGUGUGCCAGGUGUCAGUCUCCUUCCUUGUCGGGGCUGCCUGAUCCCCCGGAGUGCAGGGGUGCUCCGCGGUCACCUGGCUGUCCGCAGAGGGACACUCAGCUGCUGCUGCCUCACCCAGCUGUUGUGAGUGGUGCUACUAUGACUGUGGGUGCACAGAGCUCUCUUCCAGGCCCUGCUUCCAGUUCUGCUGGGUGCAAACACUCGAGCAGAGUUGGGGGCUCAUGUGGUCAUUCUGUGGUCAGUUUCUUGAGGAGCCUCCACACCGUCAUCCACGGCAGCUGCGCCCCAGCUCCCAGCCCCCGCGUCCCCGCCAGCGCUUGCUGUUCUGGUUUUCGAUAGUGGCCACCCCGACGGGCGCACGGUGGAGUCUCACUGCGCUGCGGGUUUGCUUCCCUGGUGGUCAGUGGUGCUGAGCACCUCGUGUGCGUAAGGGUCCUGUGUGUCGUCUUCGGAGGGGGGGGGUCUGUUCAAGUCCUUGGUCCCUUUUGAAUUGGGUUGUUUAGGGUUUUUUGAAUUGUAGGGAUUGUUUAUAUAUUCUGGAUGUUAACCUUUUAUCAGACACGUAAUUUGCAAAUACCUUCUCCCAUCGUGUGGUUGCCUUUCAGCUCUGCAGAUAGUGUCCUUUGAAGCACGAAAAUUUUUAAUUUUGAUGAAGUCCAGUUUACUUUCCUUUUGUCACCUGCGCUUUUAGUGGCAUAGCCAGGAGGUUACUGCUCAGUUCAGUGUCUGGGAGCUUCUCCCCCAUGUUUUUUCCUACUAGUUUUGUAGUUUGGGGCCCAAUGUUUAGGUCUCUGAUCAUUGAGUUAAUUUUUGUGUGUAAAGUAAGGUAGGAGUGCAGCUUGGUUCUUCUGUGUGUGGAUAUCCCGUUUUCGCAGCACCAUUUGUUGAAAAGACUCCUUUCACCCCCUGAAUGGUCUUGGCACCCUUGCUGGAAAUCAAUGGACCACACAUGUGAGGGUUUAUUUCUGAGCUUUCUAUUCUAUUCUGUUGAUCUGUCUGUCUUAAUGCCGCCACCACACUGUUUUGAUCACUGCAGCUUUGUAGUAGCUUUUAAAAUCAGAGAGUGUGGGGGAGGGUAUAGCUCAGUGGUAGAGUGCAUGCUUAGCACGCACGAGGUCCUGGGUUCAAUCCCCAGUACAUCAUUAAAAAAACAAUUUAAAAAAACCUACAAACCUGAUUACUUCCCCCAAAAGAAGUAAGUAAAAAAUAAAUUAAAAAAAUAAAACAAUAUCAGGGAGUGUGAAUCCUCCAACAUGUUCUUAUUCAAGACCGUUUUGGCUGUGUGAGGUCCCUUGAGAUUGCAUGUGAAUUUUAGAGUGGAUUUUUUUCUUUCUUUUAAAUUGAAGUAUAGUCACUUUACAGUGUGUCAAUUUCUGUUGCACAGCAAAAACACUGAAAUUGUGAUAGGAAUGGCACUGAAUCUAUAGACUGCUUUGGGCAGUACUGAUGUCCCAACAGUACUGUCUUCUAAUGCCUGAGCAGAUGCCCUUCUGUGUUUUCAGUGUCUUUAACUUCACUGACAUUUUCUGAAAACACUAGUUUUCAGUGUGCAGGGCUCUCACCUCCUUGGGGAAGUUCGCUUCUGAGUAUUUGAUUCUUUGUGAUGCUGUUGUAAAUGGAAUUUCCUUUCCAGAUUGUGCAUCAUUGCUAUAUAGAGAAUCAAAGGGUUUUUGAGUGUUAAUUUUCUGUCCAGCAACUUUGCUGAAUUUAUUACUUUUAACAGUUUUUUGGGGGGAAGUCUUUAGGAUUUACUACAUAUAAGAUCAUGUCAUCUGCAAACAGAUAAUUUUACCUCUUUCUUUCUAAUUUGGAUGUUUUUUAUUCCUUGUUCUUGCCUGAUGGCUGUGUCUACAGCUUCUAGUGCUGUUCUGACUAAAAGUCGUGAAAGCAGGCAUCCUUGCCUUGUUCCUGAUCUUAGAGGAAAAGCUUUCAGUCUCUCAUCACUGCAAUGAUGUUUUGCCGUGGGUUUUUCUUAUAUGGUCUUUAUCAGGUUGAGGAAAUUUCCUUCCAUUCCUAGUUUAUCCAGUGUUUUCAUCAAGAAAGGGUGUUGGAUUUUGCCGAAUGUGUUUUUGGCAUCGGUUGAGAGGAUCUGUGGUUUCUGCUCUCCGUAUUGUUAACAUGCUAUAUUAAUCACAUUGGUGGAUUUCCCUAGGUCAACCAUCCUGCCAUCCCAGGAAUAAAUCCCACUUGGUUGUGGUGUAUAAUCCUUUCAAUACGCUGCUGAGUUUGGUUUGCUCGUGUUUUGUUGAGGGUUUUACAUCAGUGUUCACAGAGGGCCUGGGUCUGUAGUUCUCGUGUGGUGUCUUGUCUGGUUUUCGUGUCAGGGUGAUGCUGGCCUCAGAACGAGUUAGGAAGUGUUCCUUCCUCUUCAGUGUUUGGAAGAGUUCUGGAGGGAUUGGUGUUAGUUCUCCUUUAAGCAUUUGGCAGAAUUCACCCGUGACCAUCAAGUCCAGGACUUGCCUUUUUUUUAAGUGAACUUUUAACCUUUUGAAUAAUUUCAGGUUCACAGAGAAGUUGCAAGGCUGGCAUAGAGUCCCUUCCACGUUGUGGUGACUCACCACAGCCCUUGACUCCCCUAGGACCUGGUGUCACCCAGAGUCCCCCUUGCAAUGCCCCGCGACAUUCAGUCACGUCUCUGGCCUGCUGGGAAGGACGGGUCCCCGACGCCCCUUGUUCUCAAUGGCCGCAGCAGUGGUGAGGAUGCUGUAGAAGGUCCCUCACUGGGUUUGUCUAAUACCUUUCUCAUGACUAGACUGGGAUGUGGGUUUUGAGUGGAGACCCCAGAGGUGAGGUGUCCUUCUGGUCACCGCAUCGGGGGCACCUGAUGCCCACUCGACAUCACAGGGCUGUUGGCCCUGGCUGCUUCACCAGGCCUCUCCAUGGAAGUCAGUUUUCCCCCUUUCCUCGUUUAUUCGGAAGUGCGUCCCGAGGUCCAGCCCCUCUUGGGCAGACACAUCUGCUCAGAUGCUCCAUGGUUCCACAAGGGCAGCUGCAUGCCCUCCCCCACCUCUGCCUCCAGACCCUGCUCACAGGGCCCUCGGGGUCCCCACCCACCUUGCCGCCUCUGCUGCUUUGCAGAGCUUUGCAGGGGCAGCAGCCAGCUCGAGGGGGGAUGCUCCUCGAGGGGGGAUGCCCCUCAGGGGAGGAUGCUCCUCGAGGGAGGAUGCUCCUCGAGGGAGGAUGCUCCUCGAGGGAAGAUGCACGUUGGCUUGUGUGUUCUGAGAGGCCUUCUUUAUCCUUGGCCUCAGCGGGGUGCCGAGGACAGCUGUGUCCCCAGGGUGAACCAGCCUGGGUGAGCAGAGUGACUGGUCAUUGCAGAUGGUGGGGGCUUGUGCACAGUGCCCCAUGUGGUCAGAGGCCACUCAGGUAGCUGGAGAGAGACGGGACUGGCUUGGGCCCCUGCUUUGCAGGCACAUGUUAGAGCCCCAGGCUGGGUGACAGGCAGCAGGUGGGGCAUGGGGCCAUCUGGGAGGAGUGCAGCCUGCCAGAGGUGACCUGCCAGCAGCUGAAGUGCUGUGGACCACACCAGGGCCUAGUCAGCAAAACUGUGGUUCCCCCACCCACACGCCACAGCUGGGAGCCCCGGGCACUGGGCAUGUUGAGCAGUGGGCUGUCAGGAGCCCACAGUUCUGGGAAGACUGUUUGCAGAUGGUAGGGCUGGUGAGGGGCAGGUCCUGGUGGACUACGGGUGCUCAGCAUUCGGGGUCAGCUUGGCCUGUUGGGGCCCCUGACACCAUCGAGAUUGCUGGGGGUCCUGCCCUCCCUUCGCUGACUGGCCCGUGGUAGUGCUACUGUCUGCGCCCCCACCCCAGAGCAGGGCUCUCCAGGUCUUCAGUUGGGGGGCUGGGCUGCUUCCUGACAGCGGGUCUCCAGCUUUCUAUUUUUAGAAAGUCUUUGAGAAACUUGGUGGAGCAGGCAGCACUGGUGCCAGCUGGGGGCGCGGGCAUUGCAGGGAGGGUGGCCGCUCUUGGCUGCAGGUUGACCUGUAAGCACACGUGUGAGGGCAUCCUGCACGCACGGGGAUGCCAGGCCUGUGCCGUUGGCACGUUGGCCUGCAUGUUCUGAGAGGCCAGGCCCCUUUGGCUGAGCGCUGGCCCAGGGGGCAUCCCAGGCUUGGCCCCAACCUGCCCCUGUCCCACAUCUCCAAGGUGGGGUGGGGGGCAGGUUGCAGUGACAGUGGGGCCGUCCAGGCUGCCUUUCCUGGGGCUGGCCCUGGACUACUUGGCGGGUGGUUCCUGGAACCAGUGGCUGAGGCCUGGCCCCGCUGCGGGCAGCCCCCCUCCCCACCCCGCGCCCUGCCUCAGUGCUCUCCUUUUC